UCGAUAAGUUGAUUUCUCCUCACUACAAUAAAUUCAUGGUGGCAGUAGAAUUGUUUAUAAAUAAACAAAAAUUAUAAAGCUAUAUAAAAUGAGCUUGCCGCCAACAUUAUUGCAACGUUUAGCGUCACGUGGAUUGCUGAACAAGCAAAGGGCUCAAGCGCCGCAAUCGGAAGCAAUCGAAGAAAUUAUUGCUGAAAACUAUGACGAGGACGACAAAGGACCUCCAUACACAAGCACUGAUCAAGACUCCACAAGCAAUACCAAACAUUCGGCAGGUGGUAAAGAGCACUUUUGGCCCGACAGAAUCAAGGAGCGCAUUGGAGUCACCGAAUCGCAUCAUGGCUUCAAGUUCUGUCCCAACAAAUACAACAUCUAUCACACCUGCACUUUAUACUGUGUAAACCGCUGGUCCAAUGGUCAGCCCAAGGCCAACGAAAAGUAUUUGAGACGCCACAAGCGACUGCUGCGCAAAUACCCGCUAAGCGGUGACUGGAAGGAUCUCUAUGACAUUGGCUGUGGCGUCUAUUAUUUCUACAAUCCGACAACUCGCAAAGUUUCUUGGUUGCCGCCAACGCAUCCAAAGGCGCGCAUCUCGAACAGCGCUGCGAUAUUUCGCAAGCAAUUGGCAAACACAAAUGACAAAUACAACUUCGACCCCUCGUUUUCAACAAACAGCCACAACGAAUCGGACGAUGGGGCAGCUCCUUCUUCAUUUGCACCAUCGAAAAAACAGAAAAUACGAGACUUGGAACGUACUCUAUUGCGCAAGCAGCGUGUUUAA